GCCACACUGGGAGGAUAAAUAGUGGCCCAGGCAGGCCGGGAGGUUGUCGCAAACUUCAGUCGGAUCUUCUCUCCUCUCUUCUCCCAGCUCUCCUGCAACCCUCCAAGUCAAGAUGCCUCACGCAUUCCCCUUCCUCACUCCUGACCAGAAGAAGGAGCUUAGUGACAUUGCUCACAAGAUCGUCGCCCAGGGCAAGGGAAUCCUCGCCGCUGAUGAGUCUACCGGCAGCGUUGCCAAGCGCUUCCAGAGCAUCAACACUGAGAACACAGAGGAGAACAGGAGACUGUACCGUCAGCUGCUCUUCACCGCUGACGAGCGCGCCGGUCCUUGCAUUGGUGGCGUCAUCUUCUUCCACGAGACCCUGUACCAGAAAACCGAUGCCGGCAAGACCUUCCCCCAGCACGUCAAGUCCAGAGGCUGGGUUGUAGGCAUCAAGGUUGACAAAGGUGUCGUCCCCCUCGCCGGAACCAACGGAGAGACCACCACCCAGGGUUUGGAUGGCCUGUAUGAGCGUUGCGCCCAGUAUAAGAAGGACGGUUGCGACUUCGCCAAGUGGCGUUGUGUGCUGAAAAUCACCUCCACCACCCCCUCUCGKCUUGCGAUCAUGGAGAAUUGCAAUGUCCUGGCCCGUUAUGCCAGCAUCUGCCAGAUGCACGGCAUUGUCCCCAUUGUUGAGCCUGAGAUCCUCCCCGACGGUGACCAUGACCUGAAGCGCACCCAGUAUGUGACUGAGAAGGUUCUGGCCGCAAUGUACAAGGCUCUGUCCGACCACCACGUCUACCUGGAGGGUACCCUCCUGAAGCCCAACAUGGUCACCGCUGGACAUUCCUGCUCACACAAGUACACCCACCAGGACAUCGCCAUGGCCACCAUUACCGCCCUGCGCCGUACCGUGCCCCCAGCAGUCCCUGGCAUCACCUUCCUGUCCGGUGGCCAGUCUGAGGAGGAAGCCUCCAUCAACCUGAAUGUCAUGAACCAGUGCCCCCUGCACAGGCCAUGGGCAAUUACUUUCUCCUAUGGCCGUGCUCUCCAGGCAUCCGCCCUUAAGGCAUGGGGUGGCAAGCCCGGUAACGGCAAGGCUGCCCAGGAGGAGUUCAUCAAGAGAGCUCUGGCCAACAGCCUGGCCUGCCAAGGCAAGUAUGUUGCUUCCGGAGACAGCGCCGCUGCUGGAGAAUCACUGUUCGUGGCCAACCAUGCUUAUUAAGCAUGGACACUCAUCAGCGUCCCUCUCCUAACCCUCCCUACACCCCCCUCCCUCACCACGGGUAGUGUCAUGUUGUUUCUGGUACCUCCCAAAAGUCAUCUCUACUCGACCCUCUGCGACACCACUUGUUUGGUACCUCCAUACGGACAAAAUAAACGCAAGCCUUUCUUUGGGCUCUUGCUUCAGAGAGAAGAUUCAAAACAAUGAAAGUUCUGCCUCCAUUCCCUCUUCCUAUCAUUUUACAGCUUUUUUUUUAAGGUGAAAUGGUUUCCAUCGUCAUGUUUUUACACAACAUGCAACAUUAUUCCUUGGUCUGUAACACCUGACUGAUGUAAUGUUUGUACUGGAGCCUUGGAAUAAAUUAUUUUACCUAACAAUA